UCUGACAACUUGCAGUUGGACAUAUGUCGUGACCAACUCCGCCUUUCAACUCUCUAAUCGCCACCACUAUCACACCAUAAACAUAUCACCAAAACUGCACCGCCGUCUCAAUCUCCAACUCCACCUCCACCGCGUCCAGGGCUUUUAAAUUAUUCCUCCUCCCUGCAAAAAGAUUUCAGAGGUAAGAGAUUAAAUUAUUAUUGUUAGUAUUAUAUUAAAUGCUUUCCAGAUCCACAUACUAAAAAAUCCUACACACAGAAGAGAGAGAAAUUGGAUCUCUCUCUAAGUGUCGCAUCUGAGUCUAUAAUUUCAGAGUUAAAAUUAAUAUGGGGCAAGAGAGCUUCACUCCCCAAAAAAGAGCUAGCGGCGGUGGAGGUGGAGGAUUACCCACCACUACCGCCACUGCCAACGGCAGAGUUGGCCGUGCAACGAUGCCACGCGGUAGGCAGAUACACAAGACUUUCAAUAACAUCAAGAUCACUAUCCUUUGUGGCUUCGUUACGAUUCUUGUCCUUCGCGGUACUAUAGGCAUUGGCAAUCUUACUAGCUCGGAUGCUGAAGCCAUCAAUCAGAAUCUAAUUGAAGAGACUAAUAGGAUUUUAGCUGAGAUCCGCUCCGAUGACGACCCUACCGACCCGAAUGAGCUGCCUGAGCCUGAGAUCAACCCCAACGUCACUUACACGUUAGGCCCCAAAAUUGCUAAUUGGGACCAGGAACGUAAGGUAUGGCUUACUCAAAAUGCUGAGUUCCCUAAUUUUGUUAAUGGAAAAGCUCGGAUUUUGUUGUUGACCGGUUCGCCUCCGAAACCAUGUGAUAACCCGAUUGGGGAUCAUUAUCUGUUGAAGGCGAUAAAGAAUAAGAUCGAUUAUUGUAGGAUUCAUGGGAUUGAGAUUGUUUAUAAUAUGGCUCAUUUGGAUAAGGAACUAGCUGGCUAUUGGGCGAAAUUGCCUAUGAUUAGGAGAUUGAUGCUUUCACAUCCUGAAGUGGAGUGGAUUUGGUGGAUGGACAGUGAUGCAAUGUUUACUGAUAUGGUUUUUGAGAUCCCUUUAUCCAAGUAUAAUAAGCAUAAUUUGGUGAUUCAUGGGUAUCCUGAUUUAUUGUUUGAGCAAAAAUCAUGGAUUGCUUUGAAUACCGGGAGUUUCUUGUUUAGGAAUUGUCAAUGGAGCUUGGAUUUGCUUGAUGCCUGGGCUCCUAUGGGUCCUAAGGGGCCAAUUAGGGAGGAGGCUGGCAGAAUUUUGACUGCUAAUUUAAAGGGGAGACCAGCAUUUGAGGCUGAUGAUCAGUCAGCUUUGAUUUACUUGCUGCUUUCGCAGAAAGAUCAGUGGAUGGAUAAGGUGUAUAUUGAGAAUCAGUAUUAUUUGCAUGGUUAUUGGGCAGGUUUGGUGGAUCGGUAUGAGGAAAUGAUUGAGAAGUACCAUCCAGGAUUGGGUGAUGAGAGGUGGCCUUUUGUGACACAUUUCGUCGGUUGCAAGCCUUGUGGGAGCUAUGGGGAUUAUCCUGUCGAACAAUGCUUGAGAAGUAUGGAAAGGGCUUUCAAUUUUGCCGACAACCAGGUGCUUAAAUUGUAUGGUUUUGGCCAUAGGGGACUAUUGAGCCCCAAGAUCAAGAGGAUCAGGAAUGAGACAGCGACUCCACUGGAGUAUGUAGAUCAGUUUGAUGUUCGCCGUCCAGUGCAUCAAAACAGCGGAUCAGGGAGUUAGUGGGUUGGAGUGCUAGUGAGUGAAAUAUGUUCAUUGUGUCAUAAUUUGUAGGUUAUGUAAUUCCUCAGUCAAAGGCAGAUUUAAAUUUGAUAACAGUUCAGAAUUAUAUAAGUUUACCAUGCUAUGUUGUCUUGUUUUUGCUUCUGAGAACAAAAGGAUUAAGGGGUAAAAUUCUUUUAUUAACACAAACUUUGUCUUUUUCUUGUGUUUGAGUAAUCAAUGAAGGAAAAUUAUAAUCGACGCCACAGUAUGGUUGUCCUUUUCCA